CGGCUUAAUACCACAAAGCCAUAUCGACAACACAAAGCAAUAUAAACAACGCAAAAUUCACAAUUUCCGAGAUAAAAACUAGUCUCCCAAACAAACAAACAAUGGAGACGACCAAAACGGCUGCGGAGAAGCUGGCGGAGCGCAAGGCGCGUCUAUUGGAGCUGCACAAGAAGCGGCAGGAAGCGCGCACGGACAACCACCAGGAAGUGGUGGCGGAGGACGCCCGCAAGAAGCUGCCAAAGAACUGGGAGGCCCGCAAGCGCCAGGCGGAAUGGAUACUUGCCGACGACAAGGCGCGCUCCGAGGCCCAGGCGGCGGGCAAGGAUUACGAGCGCCUCAAGCUACUGGAGGUAUCCGCCCUGGAUGCGGAUCGCAUUGAGAAAAAGCAGAGGCGCAAGGACAAUCCCGACCUGGGUUUCUCCACCUACGAGGCGCAGACGGCCAGGCAAUACAACAGAUUGGUCAAGAGCAUGCCCGCCCGUGACAUGGAGAAGUACGAGAGGCAGAAAGAGGAGCUCGGCGACGCCUUCUACGGCGGGGCACACACCACUUUGCACUCGAGGACGAAGGACACUCCGGGUGCCAUCAACAAAAUGGUUGAGGAUCUGGAGCAGCAGAUCGAGCGCCGCAAGAAGUACUCGCGCAGGAGGAUCUACAACGACGACGCGGAUGUGGACUUCAUCAACGAGAGGAACUCCAAGUUCAACAAGAAACUGGACAGAUUUUACAGCGAGCACACGGCCGAGAUCAAACAGAAUCUGGAGCGCGGAACAGCCAUCUAGGUUAAGUCUUUCUGUAUUUUGUAACUAUAAGAUUCAUACCUGAAUGGUACCUAAUUUUCCUUGUCUAUGUUCAUUCAGGGAGUAACCACACUACCGAAGCCAAUAAUAGACAAUUCUUAUGAAAUUUUAUUUAAAAAUUAAAAUACAAACCUUUUUAUAAAAUCAAUCCACCAUAAAAUAGUUCAUUUUAAUACAACAAAAUAAAUAGAUUAUUAAAGAACAAAUGAAAUGA